AAAUUGCAUUUAUUCUCGUGUCAUACUUGCAUCUAUUCUGCUGACGCAUGCAUUUCCACGGUCAGACCACAUCCUCGAGCUCAACACAUAAAGAUGAGUGUGUGCAUCGGGGUGGGUUUCAGAGCAUUCACCAUCACAUCAAAGAGAGAUCAGAAGAAAUGUUCUGCCUGAGGGGUUUCACUGUUUUUAUCUCUUGUGUUGUCUUCCUCAUUGUCCAGCCCAGUCAUGGUUCUGAGAUUAUUGGUGGGAAAGAAGUGCAGCCCCACUCAAUGCCUUUCAUGGCUCUGAUGGCGAAUCCGAUCUGUGGAGGGACACUGAUCCAUCCAAAAUGGGUCCUGACUGCCGCCCACUGUGUUGGCAUUAAGAAGGUGUUACUGGGGGUGCACUCCAUCAGCAAAAAGGAAAAGGACUCCAGGCAGGUCAUCAGUGUUAAGAGCCAUUAUCCUCAUCCCUGCUUUGAUGAAAAAGAAAAGGUCAAUGACCUCAUGCUGCUCAAGCUUGCCAAACCGGCGAAGCAAACCAAGACGGUGAAAUGUCUCCCGUUGGGUAACACCGUCAAAGAACCAGCAGCUGGCAGCAGCUGUCUGGUGGCUGGAUGGGGGAAAACAAACAACGUUGCCAAGAAAGCUUCAGAUGUCCUGAUGUCUGCCAACGUGACUGUGAUCGACAGAGUGAAGUGCAACUCUCCUGAAUAUUACAAUUUUGACCCUGUUAUCACCAAAGGCAUGAUAUGUGCUGGUUCAGAUGGUAAAAAACAGGUUGACGCCUGUAAGGGGGAUUCAGGAGGACCACUGUUAUGCAACGGAGCACUCGUCGGUGUCACUUCUUUUGGAAAGGGGUGUGGCCAGAUUAAAAAGCCCGGAGUGUACUCGUUUCUCUCAGAGAGUCAACUCAACUGGAUCAAAAAGACGAUGAAGAAGUCUGAAAUGGAAUGAGACUUUCUUGUUCAUUACUCUGUAUAAAGCUUGUUUACCUUUGUACUUUUUGCUACGUUCACUUUAUCUUAAGUAGAUACAUCGUAUAGAAAAAGGGAAUUGCAUCAUAGAAAUCUUUUUAAAGUGAAAGUGACAUUUUUUAAAGCUGUACAUCCGCAGGCCAGUCCCCAGAGGAUCAUGUUGGCAAUGUACGUUUCUGUAAACCACAAAUACGUUAACCUUGUGAUCGUGAGAUUGAGGAGAUGGUGGAUGGUGUGUUUUAGACGAGACACCUGCUAAGCUGCAGACCACUGUUCGAGACCAACAAACAGCGAAACCAUGUGUGGUUUAGCAAGUCAUUGCUGUUUUUCCAGCUG